CAGUUGUUGGCUUUGAUAGAAUUUGUUGUUUUUUUGCACAUUUUGUUGCAAUUUUACCAGUUUUUUGUUUAAUAACUGCGUAUCAAGAUUUUUAAAGAUACGCCUGAGGAAGUAAAUACUUGUUAAUUCCUCUCAAACCAACAAAUUUGCAACAGAAAAUAGUGCCUAGACAGCAAGAGUUUUCACAGCUUUAUGUAGUGAUAAAUUGAAAAAGGUGCUGAAUAAACUGAAUUUUAUUGCUUAGUCCAUUACAAUCAUGUUUGGGAAGCCCGCUUUCGGUUCCCCAGCACCUAGUACUUCAUUUGGUACCACUGGGUUGUUUGGCCAGUCGGUGUCUACUGGGGGCUCACUUUUUAAUACAUCAACCACUUUUGGACAGCAAAACAAACCAACAACAUUUGGAUUUGGGGCAACUCAACAAAAUGCCUCAUUUAUGGGUGCCCAACAGCCUCAAACAUCAAGCAUAUUUAAUACCACCCCAAGCACUGGAAUAUUUGGUGGUUCAACUGCAUUUGGUGGUCAGCAGCAACAAGCUGGCACUGUUAUUAAGUUUAAUCCAGUGACUGGUACUGACACUAUGAUGAAAAAUGGCACAACACAAAGUAUCAGCACUAAACAUCACAGCAUUACUUGCAUGAAGGAGUAUGAGGCCAAAUCUUUUGAAGAAUUAAGGUUUGAAGAUUAUCAAGCAAAUAGGAAAGGACCACAACAGGGUGCAACUGGCUUUGGGGCUCCAGCAUUUGGAACUCCUACCUCUACUACAUCUUUGUUUGGGCAAGCUGACGCCAAUAAGUCGGCUUUUGGGCAAACUUCUGGAUUUGGACAAACUACAACUUUUGGCCAGCCUGCUGCACAACCAACCACAGGAUUUGGGGCUCCAGCUUUUGGAGCAACAACUUCAACAUCAUCAUUGUUUGGGCAAACUGAUGCUAACAAAUCUGCAUUUGGCCAAACGUCCGCCUUUGGUCAAACAUCUACUUUUGGGCAAAAUACUACAGGUUUUGGCAUGGCAAACCAACAGACAACUGGUAGUCCAUUUGGUAAAUCCGCAUUUGGAGCUCCCACUAGCUCAACAGGAUUUGGAUUUGGCACUAAUACUCCUCAAAAUGCCAAUCCGUUUGGCGCUGCUGCACCGGCUAAGCCAUUCGGCACCACUUUGCCAACCCAGUCACAACCAUCGUUGCUGUUUGGUUCAAAUACUGCUCAGCAGCCCAGUACUGGAUUUGGGACUGGUUUAUUUGGUGCAACAAAUACACAAAAUACUGGCACUGGCCUAUUUAAUAAGCCAGCGCAGCCCACUACAGGCUUUGGUACCACUGGACAGACUCCGGGUUUUUCCUUCAGUACUCCGGCUGCUUCAACCCAACCCAGCCUAUUUUCAAAUACAUCAAAGCCUUUGUUUGGUGGUGGUACUGCCAGUACAGCACCAGCCUUUGGGGCUACUAAUACGUUUGGAAGUACGAAUACAACAGCCUUCAAUAGUGCUUUCGGUAAACCGAACCCUCCAACUUUUGGCCAACAAACGGCGGCCGGUGGAUCUACUUUUAGCUCAGGUUUAGGUACCAGUAUCGGUGGAAGUACCGGUCUUUUUGGUCAACAACCGAAACCAGGCGGUUUGUUUUCAGGAGGUAACACAUUGUUUGGAAAUACGUCCACCACAUUCCAACCAAAUUCGUUUGGUCUUGGACAGAAUAAUCAGCAACAAACAUCCUUACUUUCCCAACCUGAGCCGCCGACGUCUAAUCUGGCCCAACUAACGAGUGAUCCGUUCGGAGAUCCGCUUCAUUUAAUAGGGCUCGAACCAAAAUUAAAAGCGACCCAAAACGCCAUCUCAGCAACGGAUCCGAAAGAAUUAAGGAGUUUAUUGGAUGUAUCUAAGAAGAUCGACUUGACCCACAACAAUAGGCUAAAGAUUACACCGCUGAAAAGUGCAAGGGAUAGCCUAUUUGAUAACCUAUCAAAAACGCCCAAUUCCGCCUCGGACUCUCCGCUGAAUAAUUAUCGAAGAACUAACGUACGACGUUUGAUACUACCGAAAUCCGCAAAUAACACCACUCCCGGAUCAAACACUCCGAAUAUCUUAGACGUUUUGCUCAACGAGGAUAAAGAAAACCGGAGCAAUUUGGAUAUAACCGCUAAUAGUAGCGGAGGAAAACCGCAACCCCAUAAACUCACGUUUGAUAGUACCGUAAAUGACAGUCUGAUCAACCACAGCCAUUCGGUGGAAACUCAGACUUUCAAUGUGGUGAACUCUACUAGUAAGGAGCAAGUGUCCGAACGCAGCUUAAGGGAAUCACCUCCUCCAGCUUUAGACGAUGACGCCAACAAUCUACACCAAGGAAGUGGAGAUGUAGAAAAAAAACACCCUGCAAACAUAAUUUGCACCAGGCCUGAAUAUUAUACGCUGCCAAGCCUAGAUGAAUUGGUACCUGAUGAGAAUGGAAAGUGUUUCGUUAAAGGAUUUACUGUUGGAAGAAGAGGUUAUGGCAACGUAUAUUUCAUAGAGGAAGUGGAUGUAUCCGGCUUGAACUUGGAUGAACUAGUACACUUCCGUUACAGGGAAAUUAACGUUUAUCCCGAUGAUACCAAAAAGCCCCCUGUGGGCCAAGGUCUAAACAGGAAAGCACAAGUAACUCUGGACAACGUUUAUCCGAGGCGCGUGGGAACUAACGUCCUAAUAAAAGACGUUUCUGAACUGAUCCAAAUGAAUUUUGCGGAGAAAUUACGAAAAGUCACUGAAAAGAAAAAUGCCAGGUUCGUUGAUUAUCGUCCGGAAACCGGCAGCUGGGUUUUUAAGGUCGAUCAUUUCUCCAAAUACGGAUUUAACGACAGCGACGAGGAGGCCGAUCAAAAUAAUGGCCUCGAUCCGGCCUUAAAAAAACCGAUCCAAAAACCAAACGGUAAACCUGGAAAUGCUGGAACAGUCAGAGUCCCAUCCGCCACCGAAUUAAUUACGAAGGAGAGCCUCGAGGAACGAAGUCAGGAUAUCGAAGUGAUUUCAAGAGAAACUAGGUACGGUGGUCAAGAGCCUUCAGCGGGCUCAUAUCGGCUUGAGAAGGACAUUUUUAUAGACGACGAAGAACAACAAGAAGAAAAUGAUUUAUUGCAGCAGAGUAUGUUUGUUGAUGAAGACUCGGAUGAUGGCUUUCAUCCGGCGCAUUCUGGAAUAGACAAAUCAUUGGAGACCCAGUUGCCUUAUGGUUUUGGCAAGAUCGAGCAGGCUAAAAAUAUACAGAUCAUGAAAUCUACAUUAUUCGCCGACGACGAUCGGAUGUCAGACGAUGCUCGCAGUCAAAUAUCGAUCGUAAAACAAUAUCUCGACCUUGCGGACGUUGAAGAGAUGCCAAAACUACCAACUUUGGAUGAAGAAGAGGAUACGAUUAAAAAACGUCUAUUAAUCCGACCUAAAGUUUGGAAAGUUCUUAAUAGCUGUCAAAUGCCAAAAGCUACGGCUAAAAUAUUACCCAACCGGUGUUGUGUUGAUUUGGGAAUGUUCAAAGGAAAAUCUUUUAAGGCUGGCUGGAGUAAAGGUUUUAAUUUUUAUUCUUUGGACGCCGAAGAUAAGGAAACUAAUAGCGAAUUGAUUUUGCACACCAUCGAUUCGAUGACCGAAUUUGAUCCAUUAAGGGACAUUUUAACGGACUGUCUAAAAGUGGUCCUGGAAGAAUCAACUCAUCAACUAGCCGCCAAUAAAAUACCCACUUUUAAGAUCAUAAAAUCUCGCUCUUUCUUGAGCAAACAAACAGCCCUCUUUGAAAAGUUGAACAGGCAAUACAACAGCACCAGGGCGAGUUAUUUACACAACAUUUGGACUUUAUGUACGGCAUUAUGGGGUCCAGGUGAAAACAGCAUUUCUGGAAGAAGACAUUUAUUGUCGGAAUGGUUGAAAACCACAUGCGACACUGAUCAGUUAAACUUAAAGGGGGGCAGAAAUUUGUCAGUUACUGAAGCGGCUGAAAUUGUUUUUAGUUAUUUGUCUGUAUUUAAGGUUUUUGAUGCUGCUGAAAUCGCCAUGGAUAACCGAUUACCGAACCUCUCGCUACUUAUCGCCCAACUAAGUUUGCCAAACUCCUCUAAAGGUUUUAUACAAGAACAGAUCGAUAUUUGGUAUAAAUCAUUAGCCGCCAAUCACAUGUCUGAACAAAUAAAAAAGUUGUAUUUAUUGUUGGCCGGAAUACCAACAAAAGAUGAUGUUAAUAUUUUCGAUGGAAUCGAUUGGAAGAGAGCUUUCGGAAUGCAUUUGUGGUAUAUUUCUCCAAACGGUGCCCCAAUAGAAACAGCGCUCGAUUCGUACAAGAAAGCUUACGACGAUUACUUGUAUGCAGAAAGGCCCAAUCCACCAUAUAUUAAAACAUUUACUGGUGAAGAACCCUUCGAUGUGAUGUACCAUAUACUUAUGUUGUACAAGUCUAACAUACACCGGCUAAGUAGCACGCUAAAUCCUGCUACACAUACUGAUGAUCCAUUGGACUAUCGACUUAGUUGGCUGCUUCUGCAAUUAUUCAUCUCUCUGGACAUUGGUCUCAUCGAACAAUCAGAAAUAACCAAAUUCUGCACCAGUUUUUCCACUCAACUAGAACACCUCGGACACUGGGAAUGGGCCAUUUUCGCAUUAUUACAAUUGGAAGACGACUCGUCUAAAAUGCACCUAAUUAUGGGCAUUUUAGAUCGUAAUUUACCGUCAGAUUUCGAAGAAAACUGUCAAGAAAUCGUUGAUUUACUUGUAAACGAAAUGAAAAUACCUCCGGAAUGGAUUCAUUUGGUCAAAGGCAACAAAACCCUCACCGAAGAGAAAUAUUUUGAGGCUUUUAAUCAUUUUGCCCUGGCAGAAGAGUAUGUUAGGGCAAACGAGAUUUUCUUGGACAAAAUUUUGCCCAAUUUGUUUAUUAAUGAACAGUUCGAUGUUAUAAGGAGCUUGGCAGAAAAACUGAAACCCGGCAGCAAAGAUAUUCUUCACUGGCACAACCAGACUGGGUUAAUUUUGGAAUAUUUAGACCUUUUAGAGCUAUCAAUAGCUGCAGAUAAUCUGUUAAAACUUCAAAUGAAGUUAUGCUCUUUAAGCGAGAGAAUCGUUAACUUUCCGGAUAAUAAUGAUCAACAGAAAGUGUGCGUCGCAGAGCUUUCUAAAAGAUGCUCGUCACUUUUUAAGGAAAUUUGCUAUAAAUCACAGUCUAACCUUUUUAAAGAUUCUUACAGACAAUUCGCGGACACUUUAAUCAUGCCUCCAGACUUUAAGCAAAAUGAGGGACUAUGUUUGUUACAUGAUGUUUAUAAUUUUAACAAUAGGCUGUAAUUAAAUGUAUGCCGUGUAAUUCAUUAUGGUUAUUUUCAAUUUUAAGAAUAAUUUUAAAGUGUGUUAAUUUCUUAUAUGUUACGAUUUGUAGUCGUUUAAGUUUCAUAAAUGAUGUGCUCUAUUGAGAAUUUAGUUUAGUGUGUCUUCCUGUUAAUUUUUAGCCAUCUUUAUAGUAAAGCUAUUUUUUAAAAUUAUAUAAGUAGUUUAUCCACUAUUUACAAAAGUUGUAAUAUAAAUAAAAAGAGAUUUUCGUAUAAAUAUCAAAGAAUCAGCUGUAAGACCGCCUGUGCAUGAUAAAAAAUAUAAUACAAUGAUUAGGGCAUAUGAAUUAUUUCUUUUCCUGUUUUAUUAUAUAUUUUUUUACUAAACUCACUAAGAGACCCUACUCACUAAAAUCCUAACCAACAGCGGAUACUGGAACAGGAGUAUAUUUUAUCCAAAUUUUAAAACUAUUCUAGCUUUUUACAAUAACUGAUAUAAAUACUUUGGUUAAUAUAGUGUUGUGAUGGAGA